CCCCCCCCGUGUCCCCUCCCAGUUCUCUGCCGCCUCUUCACCGUCGGCCACCUCAUGGAGCCGGUGGCCAAGACGGUCAUCGUGGAGAUCAAGACGCCCGACAACAUCAUCAUCAGACAAACACCCGUGUCCUCGCCCACCAAGAGCGGCAUCCUGUCCAUCAACCACAACCUGCCCGAGGUUGUCAGCCUGGGCAUGUGGACGGUGCUGGCCAAGUUCGAGGACUCCCCGGAGCAGGUUUUCACCACCCAGUUCGAGGUCAAGGAGUACGUGCUGCCCAGCUUCGAGGUGGCGCUGGAGCCGGAGGAGAAGUUCCUCUACAUCGACCGCAAGGAGGAUUUCCGGGUGUCCAUCACGGCCAGGUACCUGUACGGGAAGCGUCUCUACGGCACAGCCUUUGCCCUAUUUGGGGUCAUGGUGGACGAUGAGAGGAAGAGCAUCCCCGAGUCCCUGAAGCGCAUUCCGGUGACAGACGGGGACGGCGAGGCCGUGCUGUCCAUGGACGCUCUGCGGCAGCGCUUCCCCAACCCACAGGAGCUGGUGGGACACUCCCUCUAUGUGUCCGUCACCGUCAUCACCGAGUCAGGCAGUGACAUGGUGGAGGCCCAGCGCACUGGCAUCCCCAUCGUGACGUCGCCCUACACCAUCCAGUUCACCCGCACCCCCAAGUUCUUCAAACCAGGCAUGCCCUUUGACCUCCGGGUAAGGACACCUGGGGACAGUGGGGACGUUGGGGACAGCG